UCUUUGACAUUUUAAAUCUCAGUCCAAUGAGGCAUCACACAUUGAUUUGUACUUUCUCUUUACUAAUGGAUUCACAGCUAAACUGAUCUGAUCUGAGAGAGUGAAGAGUGUGUCAUUGUUCUCUACAGGUUGAGUUAUUGUGACGUCACAGAUGAAGGUUGUUCUGCUCUGACUUCAGCUCUGAGAUCAAACCCCUCACACCUGAGAGAACUGGAUCUGUCUGGGAAUAAACUAGGAUAUUUGGGUGUGAAGUGUCUCUGUGCUGAACUGGAAGGUCCUCACUCUAAUCUGGAGAAGCUGUGGUUGAGAGAUUGUGGCAUCACAGAUGAAGGUUGUUCUGCUCUGACUUCAGCUCUGAAAUCAAACCCCUCACACCUGAGAGAACUGAGUCUGUCUAUGAUUAAUAUACGAGAUUCAGGAGUGAAGCGUCUCUGUGCUGUACUGGAGGAUCCUCGCUGUAAACUGGAGAAACUGUGGUUGAGAGAUUGUGGCAUCACAGAUGAAGGUUGUUCUGCUCUGGCUUCAGCUCUGAGAUCAAACCCCUCACACCUGAUAAAACUGAAUCUGUCUGAGAAUAAAAUACGAGAUUCAGGAGUGAAGCGUCUCUGUGCUGGACUGGAGGAUCCUCACUGUAAACUGGAGACACUGUGGUUGAGAGAUUGUGGCGUCACAGAUGAAGGUUGUUCUGCUCUGACUUCAGCUCUGAAAUCAAACUCCUCACACCUGAGAGAACUGAGUCUGUCUCUGAAUAAAAUAAGAGAUUUGGGAGUGAAGAGUCUCUGUGCUGGACUGGAGGAUCCUCACUGUAAACUGGAGAUACUGGGGUUGAUGAAGUGUGACGUCACUGAUGAAGGUUGUUCUGCUCUGGAUUCAGCUCUGAGAUCAAACCCCUCACACCUGAGAGAACUGGAUCUGACUGGGAAUACACUACGACAAUCAGAAGUGAAGUUACUCUCUGAUCUGAAAGAUGAUCCACGUUAUAAACUGGAGAGAUUAUUAUACUGACUCUCAGUAUUUAGACGUCAGUUCAGUUUCCUCAGGAUCAGCUGAUGGUGAAUAAGAGCCGCUACAGGAAUCAGUGAUGUGAAGUUAAAUGAAUGCAUGGAAGUGUAAUGUGUGGAGCAGUGUUGAUGAACAGAAGAAACAAGCUUCAAGAAAACUAAAUAAAUUCAGCUCUUUCUCUCCCUC